AUGAAGAAUCCUUUAACAUCUCCACUGCGGCGGGCUCUUUGCCUGCCGUUCAGAGCCCCUACUCCUGUUCCCACUGCUCCUGCUCCUCCAGGUCGUUCAGCGCUGACGAAACCCGGAGGUUACGAUGCCGACCUGCCGAUGAUCCGUCGCACCUUCCAUUCAGGACCCCUCCCCCGCAUCAGCUCAAGAGCUAGAGCCUCAACUUACGGGUCAGCUCCUUCUAUAACAACACCGUAUCAACCUCUUCACCGCUCUCAAUUACAUUCCUUUCUCUCAUCUACCUUUACCACAGCUUCUUCCCCUAGAUCGGCUCUCACCCAAACUCUCCACAACUCAAAAGCCUCUUCUCUCGUCCCUCGUCAGCAGCAGCGUAACUGCUCUUGUCGACGAGCCAUGUAUCGCAACGGAAACGAUGUCGCUAGCGCGAGUCUCGACAUUCGUCGUGGACGUGAAGUUCUUCCCAAGAAUGUCAAGCCCCUGCACUACGAUCUUACCCUCGAGCCAAACUUCGAGACCUUCAAGUAUGAAGGUACCGUCAUUAUCGACUUCGAUGUCGUCGAAGAUUCAACCUCUAUUGCCCUGAACACGGUCGAAAUUGAUAUCCACGAGACACUUGUUGAGGCCAAUGGUGCCACUAUUAGCUCCUCGCCUACCCUCGAUUACAACAAGGACACCCAAACCACCACCGUUACCUUCGAUAAGACGAUUCCCGCUGGUCAAAAGGCGAGGUUGACUCAACGUUUCACUGGUACUCUCAACGAUGACAUGGCAGGUUUCUACAGGUCAUCAUACAAGGACGAAGAUGGCAACACCAAAUACCUUGCUACCACCCAGUUCGAGGCCACCGACGCUCGCCGUGCAUUCCCUUGCCUGGACGAGCCAGCUCUGAAGGCGACAUUCACCGUGACACUCAUUGCUGACAAGGACCUGGUAUGCUUGGGCAACAUGGAUGUCGCUUCUGAGAAAGAAGUCGACUCCAAGGUUACAGGCAAGAAGCGCAAGGCUAUUACUUACAACAAGACUCCCAUCAUGUCUACCUACCUUCUGGCUUUCGUCAUUGGUGACCUCAAGUCCUACGAGACUAACAACUUUCGAGUCCCUAUCCGCGUGUGGUGCACUCCCGAUCAAGACCUUGACCAUGCCGUCUUUUCCGCCGAGCUAGCUGCACGAACACUCGAGUUCUAUGAGCAGCAAUUUGGCAGCCAAUAUCCACUCCCCAAGAUGGACAUGGUUGCUGUGCCCGACUUUGCUGCUGGUGCCAUGGAGAACUGGGGUCUCAUCACAUAUCGAGUCGUUGACCUUCUAUUGGAUGAAAAGACCAGCAGCGCCGUCACCAAAAAGCGGGUGGCUGAGGUCGUUCAACAUGAGCUGGCUCAUCAGUGGUUCGGCAACUUGGUCACAAUGGACUUCUGGGAUGGCCUGUGGCUAAAAGAAGGUUUCGCAACAUGGAUGUCUUGGUAUUCAUCUAACGCUUUUUACCCCGAGUGGAGGAUUUGGGAAGGUUAUGUUACAGAGGAUCUUCGAUCUGCCCUUGGUCUUGACUCUCUGCGCAGCUCUCACCCCAUUGAAGUGCCUGUCAAGCGUGCUGAUGAGGUCAACCAAAUCUUCGAUGCUAUCUCAUAUGAGAAGGGUUCUUGUGUCCUGCGUAUGAUCUCAAAAUACUUGGGUGAGGACGUCUUUCUAAAGGGUAUCCGAAUCUACCUCGACAGACACGCAUACAGCAACACUGAGACCACAGACCUUUGGGCCGCUCUCAGCGAGGCCAGUGGUAAGGAUGUUGAGCGCGUUGCUGACAUCUGGACCAAGAAGGUCGGUUAUCCAGUCGUAGCUGUCACAGAAGACGAAGGCAAGGGCACAAUCCAUGUCGAGCAGAACCGGUUCCUUAGAACGGCCGAUGUCAAGCCCGAGGAGGAUGAAGUCCUUUACCCCGUCUUCCUCAACCUUCGAACUAAGGACGGUAUCCAGGAAGAUCUGGCACUCAACACACGUGAGGCAGACUUCAAGGUGCCUGACUUUGACUUCUACAAGAUUAACUCUGGCCAUUCUGGUAUCUACCGUACAUCUUAUACUAGCGAGCGACUUCAAAAGCUUGGUCAAAACGCCAAGGCGGGUCUCUUGGGUGUUGAGGAUAGGGCCGGUAUGAUUGCUGAUGCCGGUGCCCUUGCCGCUGCUGGUUAUCAAAAGACAUCUGGCCUGCUGUCGCUUCUCCAAGAAUUCGACUCUGAAGACGAGUUCAUUGUCUGGGAUGAGAUCACUCUCCGUGUCGGAUCUCUCCGUGAUGCUUGGAUCUUUGAAGAUGAUGAUGUUAAUGAGGCUCUCAAGACUUUCCAGAGGGAUCUGGUCAGCAAGAGAGCUAACGAAAUUGGUUGGGAUAUUUCUGACAAGGAUGACUUCACUGCCCAAAGAAUGAAGGCUCUCAUGUUCGGUAAGGCCGCCAUUGUUGAGGACGAGCCUACUAAAAAGGCCGCUUUCGAACUGUUCGAAAAGUUCAUCAAUGGCGAUCGAGAUGCUGUACAGCCCAACUUGCGGCCUAGUGUUUUCGCUGUUGUGGUUACCUAUGGAGGCGAAAAGGAGUACAACGAUAUCUUGAAAGAAUAUGAAACUGCUAAGCAAAGCAGUGAGCGAAACACUGCUCUCCGAUCACUUGGUUUUGCAAAGGAUCCUGCGCUUAUCAAGCGAACUCUGGAGUACACUCUCAGUGAUAACGUCAAGACGCAGGAUAUCUACAUGCCUCUCAGCGGUCUCCGCGCUCACAAGGAGGGUAUCUUGGCCCUUUGGGGAUGGGUCAAGGACAACUGGGACGUUCUCACCAAGCGACUCCCACCUGGCAUGUCACUCCUUGGCGAUAUGGUCGCCAUUUCUACAAGCUCUCUCACACACAAGGACCAGAUUUCCGAUGUCAAGAGCUUCUUUGAGCAGAAGGGCACCAAGGGAUUUGACCUUGAGCUAGCCCAGAGUCUUGAUUCUAUGACCGCGAAGCAAAACUGGCUCGCAAGGGAUAAGGAGGAUGUCAAGGAGUGGCUACGCAAGAACAAAUACCUGUAA